CGGAUCUUCCGUACCUCUAAUUCCCGCCUGCACGCGGAACGGAUGACUCCGCACCACAACCGUCACUAUUGAACCCUGUGGUCCAGCUGAAUCCCGACAGGGCGUCUGUCGAUACGAUGAUUGUGCCUGGGUUUAUUAGUGGCUCUGCGCUAAUUGGUCACAACCCUUGCGGAGGAGGUGUUCGAUUUCCUUUUUGAGCAUACUCAAGUACGGUACCUGGUGACUGGGUUUAAGUAUGACUCUAAUUCUUUAAUUUUGCCUCCUUUCUGUUGGAAUUGUCACCUGCAGAACACUUGUCCCGUUCCACUCCUUUUUAUACCCGAGUCAAGUGCUAGGCAUAUGUAGUAUUUAACGCCUCCGAAUCCCCAGAAAUUGCACUGCAGCGCAACCAACAUUCGGUUUUCAACAUUCGUUACCAACAUAAUGAAGCUACAUUCGUUCAUCUCACUCCUUGCCGUGGCACAGGCAGCCUCCGCAAUCUCUCUCAACGUCGACGAUAAGCAAUCGAUCAAGGAAGCUGCGGCUACAGCGGCAAAGAAGCUGGCCGCACUCUACCCGCGGAACGAAACCUGGUUCAUUCCCGGCGACUUUGGUGUGAUCCAAACAGCGGAUGGGCGCAAUGAUAAGGGAUACUAUUGGUGGGAAGGCGGUGCAGCGAUGGGGGCAUGGAUCGAUUACUGGGCGAUAACCGGCGACGAUAGCUACAACUCCAUCGUCACCGAAGGCAUCCUUCACCAGGUGGGCGAAAAUAACGACUUUCAGCCCGCGAACCAAACGCUGGGCAUCGCCAACGACGACCAAGCAACCUGGGCAAUUGCCGCCCUUUCCGCAGCAGAACGCGGGUUCCCGGAUCCUCCCGCCGACAAACCGCAAUGGAUCACUCUCGCAAAGACCGUGUUCGAUCGCCAGGCGGCACGGUGGGACGAGGGCAACUGCAGUGGUGGCCUCAGGUGGCUGGUGUUCAACUCGAGCGAAGGAUACGAUUACAAGAACUCAGCUGCGAACGGACUAUUCUUCCAGCUGGCGGCGAGACUGGCCCGGUACACCGGGAAUGAAACGUAUGUGGAGUGGAGCGAGAAGGCCUACAACUGGGCUAGGGCGGUCAAGCUCAUCGGCCCCGAGUACGAAGUUUACGAUGGCCUGCAUGAUAGUGACGACAUGUGCGGUGAUCCGUCUAAAGUUCGGUGGACUCACACAGCCGGAGCCUAUAUAGCCGGCGCCGCAAAUCUCUACGACUACUAUUCCUCGGCCAACGACACCUCCCAGACGACAAAAUGGCAACUCGAAACCAGCUCCCUCCUCAACGCGACGGACGAGGCGUUCUUCAAUCAAAACGACGGCACCGACAACAUCAUGCGGGAGUCCGCGUGUGAGUCACCGGCGCCCUUCACGCGCUCCCCCACCUGCAACACCGACCAGCGCUUCUUCAAAGCAUUGAUGUCGCGCUUCCUCGGCGCAACCUACCAGCUCGCACCUUUCACGCGCGACUACAUCACCGAGCGGCUGCGGGCCUCGGCUCUCGGCGCUGCAAGGUCGUGCACUGGAAAACCCGGAGGAGACACCUGCGGACUCAGCUGGAUCAUCGGGGAGUACGAUGACUCUCCGUAUGGAAUUGCGGAGGGUGGUGUCAGCGAACACAUGGCGGCCCUCGAGGUCUUCCAGAACUUGCUGGUGGGAGAUGUUGACGCGCCAAAGACGCAAGAGUCGGAGUCUGCUAGUGCUGCUGGAAAAUCAACCACUGUUGAGGAUGGCGGGGCGAAGCCGACGAGUGUGGGGGCGAGGGCUGUGGGUGCGGGAGCGCUUGUGCCUGCGGUGGCGUUUGCAGGCAUUGUGAGCUUAGCUUUGGUGCUAGUUUAGAUAGAGUUGGUGAACGGGUGAGGACAAAAUUGCUUGUUGGAAGACAGUCGGACAUAAGCGAAGGCGAAGCCUAUCUACAAGAAGUUGUUGAUAGAUCUCCCAAGAGAUACGAGCCUCAAGGCGUAUACCAUGAAUACUGAUUUUGCUUGUCCUAUGAAUGUCGCUUCUAAGGCC